CCACGUCAAAUAUGCUUUAAUUUAGUAUCAAUUUUCUCCAACUCCGAUCUAUAAAUAUCAGCCAAGCUCCUGUGCUUAAUCACAGCAUCCUUAGUUUUGCAGCCACUCCAACAGGGAAAGAAAUGAAAGACCAUCGGCUCUCAGUAACCUUGAUUGUUCUACUUUUCUCAGUAGCCGCAGGAGACUCCAGCAAUGAUGAAUAUUGCGUUUACACUCUCUACGUGAAGACGGGUUCGAUCAUCAAAGCAGGGACAGACUCAAAGAUCAGCGUAACUGUGGGUGAUUCAUUGGGCCGCUCAGUUUGGGUCUCAGAUCUCCAGUCAUGGGGCUUAAUGUCACCCUCCCACGACUACUACGAGCGUGGCAACCUUGACAUCUUCAGCGGGCGGGGCCGCUGCAUUGCCUCGCCCAUCUGCCGCCUCAACUUGACCUCCGACGGCUCAGGGUCGCACCAUGGGUGGUACUGUGACUAUAUUGAGGUCACGUCCUCGGGGCCUCAAAAGGCUUGUUCCCAGACCGUGUUCUAUGUUGAUCGGUGGCUGGCCAGUGAUGCUCCGCCUUUCCAGUUGACGGCUGUUCUUGAUGGAUGCAUUAUGCUGGAUGAGCCUGGCAAGCAUGGGACUAAUGGGCCUUUUGUUGUUGGAAAUCCCGAAAGAUCUGCUUGAGACUUGAGAUUAUCUUUGGGUUCAAAGACUUUGCUAAUAAUAUGGCAGUGAGAGGUUAACUUCUUAAUCUUUGGGGAUUUUGAUGUUUUUGCAUCUGUUACGGACGUGUAAUUAGCUUUGUAAUAAAAUAAAAAAUGAUAAAUGAGUUUUGAAC